AUGGACUUUAUUACCAAACUCCCCAAGACGCCCAAACAUCAAUUUGAUUCCAUUUGGGUGAUUGUAGAUCGAUUAACUAAAAGUUCCUUGUUUUUGCCCAUCCGGGAGUCAUCAUCUUCCGAAGUUCUAGCCGAUAUAUAUGUGAAGGAAGUUGUAGCUCGACAUGGUAUUCCCGUAUCUAUUGUUUCGGAUAGAGAUACUCGAUUUACAUCCUAUUUUUGGAGGAAGUUUCAUGAAGACAUGGUGGGCCAACGGGAAUUAGGAGGAACCGAUGUCGUUCUUGAAACUACGCAAAAGAUAGACGAGAUUCGUGAAAGACUUAAGGCGGCUCAAGAUAGACAAAAGUCGUAUGCCGAUAUUAGAAGAAGGCCCAUUGAGUUUGAGGUUGGUGAUCGAGUUAUGUUAAAGGUAUCUCCAUGGAAGGGUUUGCUACGAUUUCGCAAACGUGGAAAGUUGAGUCCACGGUUCAUUGGCCCGUUUCGGAUUUUAGCACGAGUUGGCAAAGUGGCUUACCAAUUGGAGUUACCUGAAGAGUUAUCUCGUAUUCAUAACACUUUUCAUGUAUCACAACUCCGAAAAUGUCUUGUCGAUGAUGCAACGUGUGUUCCAUUGAAUGAAAUUGAACUAGACAAGAAGUUAACUUACGUUGAGGAACCGGUUGCUAUUGUAGAAAAAGAAUUGAGAAAGAUAAACAAUAAGACGGUACGAACUUUCAAGGUACUAUUGAAGCACCAUAAGAACUCCGAGUAUACGUGGGAAACGGAGAUGACAUGUUGGUGUACUAUCCGUCUUUGCACAUGGCAUAGAUCACGGGGAUGUGAUCGAUUCUGA